AUGGCUGUGUCUGCAGCAAACUCACGUCUCAAGGUACUUGUCAUAGGCGCCGGGCCUGCUGGUCUUUGCACGGCCACGGCCUUGAAACAAGAGGGCCACAGCGUCACCGUUCUCGAACGACGGCGAGACACGCAACCCCUUGGCCACGCUCUGGUAAUCCAGCCCGCGGCGGUCAGGGCACUCCAGCACCUCAAGGGAGCGCACAAGGCCCUCACCAGUGUCAGCGUUGACGCAGGGGCGCUACGGUGGUGGUCGUAUAAGGAUACCAAGCCCUUUGCAGCUGAAAGGUCGUCCCGUGCGGAACGGAGAUUCCAAACUGACCGGCCCUCAGUACAAAAAGUACUACAUGAGCUUGCAGUUGCCAAUGGUGUCCAGCUUCUUUUCGGGAGAACUGUGCAAGCGGUGGAAGAUGCCGCGGUGAAGCCAAGGCUUUGGACAGCCAAUGGAGAAAAGUUUACCGCAGACCUAAUUAUAGCUGCGGAUGGUAUCAAAUCUGCUACACGCAAAAUGAUCUUCCCAACACAGCGCGUCGAUCCAAUUCCAUUAAGAGAGUCCAUCUUCCUCACAAGUGUACCCGUGUCUCACCUCGCUCAAGACGAUCGACUAGCAGCCUGGCUUGAACCGGCAACCAAGCAUGGCACACUGGGGCCCGAUCGGUUUGUUUUGAGCCGACCUAUGCACGGUGGCCUCCUCGGGGUGCAGUUUAUUGACGUUGAUCAUGCGGAUCCGGGCCCGGUAGAUGGCAACUGGAAUACGCCAGCCGAUGUUGGUUUACUUCGUAUGCGAUUUUCUGACUUUAAUAUAACAACGAGGGCGUUCUUGGAGCAUGUUCGUCACGCUGAAAAAUGGCAGAUGGCUACGGGGGCAGAGCUGGAUACGUGGCGGAGUGCAAGCGGGCGGAUCGUGCUGCUCGGCGACGCAGCCCAUGCCAUGUUACCACACGCAGCCCAGGGGCUCAGCCAGGGGAUCGAAGAUGCCUUGAGUCUAGCCCGCAUGCUGCGCUGGACGGCAAAAUCGGGUUUUGAUGUCCCCGCCGUCACGAAAGCGUGGGUCAACCUACGCAAACCGCGAGCGGACAUCUUCGUGAAGCAGUCUACGAGCAACGCCAAAGUCUGGAGCCUGCCAGAUGGGCCAGAACAGGAGGCAAGGGACGAGAAAAUUAGGAGGAUGGCAAGUCUCCCACCUCCGGACCUCGACGGGGUGGAAAUGGACAUGGCGGCGAAUCAGAAGGCGCCGCAAUUUCUCAAGUGGGCGAGGGAUUAUGAUGUGGUACUAGAGAGCGAAAGGGCGAUGGAAAACGCCUUAUCGGGCCAGUAG